GGAGAGGGGGGGUGACGUGAGUCCAACAGCGGAUCCCUGAGAGGCUUGGAACAGCAGCAGCAGCAGCAGCGACGGCGACGGCGGCGGCAACGCGGAGAGCGCUGUGGAGUAAGGAGGCUCUUCCUUCUGCGUAUUGACAGGCUGAAUUUGCACCAGCGUUACAGACCCUGCUGCUUACCGAGCGAGUGAUCGAGAGAACGCAGACAUGGCGGGGCAUUACUGAGGGGGAACAGGCGCCCACCCCUUCCCUUAGUAGCCCGGCUACGUGCUCUUUUAUCGUCCUCUGACCCAUGCACUGCUGAUUCGCUGCAGAAUAAGGACUGUACUGAAAAGACGGGGGACCAAGAAAAAGGAACAAAAAUUGCAGGAAAAGCGUGGCAAAUAAAAGCUAAAAGAAUGGCGGACCGUGAUACCCUGGCGCUUCCUCUGGAGGUGAGAGCCAGGCUGGCCGAGCUGGAGCUGGAACUGUCCGAAGGUGACAUCACACAGAAAGGCUAUGAAAAGAAGAGGUCAAAACUACUUGGGGCCUACUUGCCACAGCCGCCAGGGGUGGAGCCAUCACUGCCUCAAGAACGCCGAACUCCAGUCACCCCUUCCUCCUCUUCCAGAUACCACCGCCGCCGGUCAUCAGGCUCACGGGAUGAGCGGUACAGAUCAGAUGUACAUACAGAGGCAGUACAGGCAGCUCUGGCCAAACACAAAGAACGGAAGAUGGCCGUGCCCAUGCCCUCCAAGCGCCGCUCACUGGUGGUGCAGACUUCAAUGGAUGCUUAUACACCCCCAGGUGAGCUACAUAAACCAAGCAGAGAUACAUCGUCUGGAUCAGAGGAAGAAGGUUCAGUCCAAGGUGACUCCCAGGGGACACCUACAUCCAGUCAGGGCAGCAUUAAUAUGGAGCACUGGAUAAGCAGAGCAAUUCAUGGAUCAACCACCUCCUCUACCACAUCCUCGUCCUCCACUCAGAGCGGGGGCAGUGGUGCUGCCAACAGGCUUGCUGAUGUCAUGGCACAGACUCAUAUUGGGCCAAUUGCUCAUCAUUCACUGAAGAGAAAAACAAUUCCUGGCACAGUUGAGAAUGGAAACUCAUUGCGUCGGUCCUGCGAAUUUGGAUCGGAGCUCACCUGGCAACCGUUGGAAACGGAGGAAAACCACUCCGCACCUCCGGAUGUCACAACUUACACCUCAGAGCACUCCAUACAGGUGGAGAGACCCCAGGGCUCAACCUCACGGGCAGCUCCCAAAUACGGCAACGCAGAGCUCAUGGAAACUGGAGAUGGUGUGCCAGUCAGCAGCAGAGUUUCUGCUAAGAUCCAGCAGUUGGUGAAUACCCUGAAAAGGCCCAAACGACCACCUUUAAGAGAAUUCUUUGUUGACGAUUUUGAGGAGCUGCUAGAAGUGCAACAGCCUGACCCGAACCAGCCUAAAUCUGAAGGAGCACAAAUGCUGCCCUUGAGGGGGGAGCAACUAGGAGUAGUUACAAACUGGCCACCUUCCUUAGAAGCUGCCUUACAAAGAUGGGGUACCAUUUCUCCUAAAGCGCCGUGUUUAACAACAAUGGAUACAAAUGGAAAACCACUGUAUAUCCUAACUUAUGGAAAGCUGUGGACCAGAAGUAUGAAAGUGGCCUAUAAUAUUUUACAUAAACUGGGAACAAAGCAGGAACCAAUGGUUAGGCCAGGAGAUCGAGUAGCUCUUGUGUUUCCUAAUAAUGAUCCUGCAGCUUUCAUGGUGGCAUUUUAUGGUUGUUUAUUAGCAGAAGUUGUACCUGUACCAAUUGAAGUGCCAUUAACAAGAAAGGAUGCUGGUAGCCAGCAAAUUGGUUUUCUCUUAGGAAGCUGUGGAGUCACAGUUGCAUUAACGAGUGAUGCUUGCCACAAAGGAUUACCUAAAAGUCCAACUGGGGAAAUACCACAGUUUAAAGGUUGGCCAAAACUGUUAUGGUUCGUUACAGAAUCUAAGCAUUUAUCCAAGCCUCCAAGAGAUUGGUUUCCUCAUAUCAAGGAUGCAAAUAAUGACACUGCCUAUAUUGAGUACAAAACCUGUAAGGAUGGAAGUGUGCUGGGAGUGACUGUGACAAGAAUUGCACUUUUGACCCAUUGCCAGGCUCUUACUCAGGCUUGUGGAUAUACAGAAGCUGAGACAAUUGUGAAUGUACUUGACUUUAAAAAGGAUGUUGGUCUUUGGCACGGCAUUCUCACUAGUGUAAUGAACAUGAUGCACGUAAUCAGUAUCCCAUAUUCUCUAAUGAAGGUGAAUCCUGUCUCCUGGAUACAGAAAGUGUGUCAGUACAAGGCAAAAGUAGCAUGUGUUAAAUCAAGAGACAUGCAUUGGGCCUUGGUGGCACAUCGGGACCAGAGAGAUGUUAAUCUGAGUUCUUUGCGCAUGUUAAUAGUGGCUGAUGGGUCGAACCCUUGGUCCAUUUCUUCCUGUGAUGCAUUCCUCAAUGUCUUCCAAAGUAAAGGUCUCCGACAGGAGGUCAUUUGUCCUUGUGCUAGUUCUCCAGAAGCUUUGACAGCGGCAAUUAGAAGGCCAACAGAUGAUACCAACCAACCACCAGGUCGAGGCGUUCUCUCAAUGCAUGGUUUGAGUUAUGGUGUCAUUAGAGUGGAUUCUGAGGAAAAGCUGUCUGUUCUGACGGUACAAGAUGUUGGAACAGUGAUGCCAGGAGCUCUUAUGUGUGUAGUGAGACCAGAUGGGAUUCCUCAGUUAUGCAAGACAGAUGAAAUUGGAGAGAUAUGUGUUUGCUCCAUUGCUACUGGUACAUCCUACUAUGGUCUGUCUGGUAUGACCAAAAAUACAUUUGAGGUUUUCCCCAUGACAGGUUCAGGUGCACCCAUCAGCGAAUACCCAUUUGUAAGAACUGGAUUGCUGGGGUUCAUAGGUCCUGGUGGGCUGGUGUUCAUUGUGGGAAAAAUGGAUGGACUGAUGGUCGUGUGCGGGCGUAGGCAUAAUGCUGAUGACAUAGUUGCCACUGCCCUUGCUGUAGAACCCAUGAAAUUUGUCUACAGGGGAAGAAUAGCUGUGUUCUCCAUAACUGUUCUUCAUGAUGAGCGCAUAGUGAUUGUUGCAGAACAAAGACCAGACUCAACAGAGGAAGACAGUUUCCAGUGGAUGAGCAGAGUUCUACAGGCAAUAGACAGUAUUCACCAGGUAGGUGUCUACUGUUUAGCACUUGUUCCAGCCAACACACUGCCAAAAACACCCCUUGGAGGCAUUCACCUGUCAGAAACCAAACAGCUUUUUCUGGAAGGCUCUUUGCAUCCUUGCAAUGUACUGAUGUGUCCACACACUUGUGUUACCAACUUGCCCAAACCAAGACAAAAGCAACCAGAAAUUGGUCCUGCCUCUGUGAUGGUAGGAAACUUGGUGUCUGGAAAACGCAUUGCUCAAGCCAGUGGACGGGAUCUUGGACAGAUUGAAGAUAAUGACCAGGCAAGAAAGUUCCUUUUUCUCUCAGAGGUUUUACAAUGGAGAGCACAGACUACGCCGGAUCAUAUACUUUACACGCUACUGAAUUCAAGGGGAACAAUAGCAAACUCUUUAACAUGCCUUCAGCUGCACAAGCGAGCAGAAAAGAUUGCUGCAAUGUUGGGGGAGAGAGGCCACUUGCAGGAUGGUGAACAUGUAGCGCUGGUGUACCCACCAGGAAUAGACCUGAUUGCAGCAUUUUAUGGGUGCCUCUACGCAGGCUGUGUGCCAAUAACAGUCCGACCUCCACAUCCACAGAAUAUAGCAACUACCCUGCCAACUGUGAAGAUGAUAGUGGAGGUUAGUCGGUCAGCUUGCAUCAUGACAACUCAAAUAAUCUGUAAAUUGCUACGGUCAAGAGAAGCUUCUGCAGCUGUUGACAUUAGGACAUGGCCUCCAGUUUUAGAUACAGAUGACUUGCCAAAGAAAAGGCCACUGCAGAUUUACAAGCCCUUGAACCCAGACACAUUAGCUUAUCUGGAUUUUAGUGUAUCCACAACAGGAAUGCUUGCAGGAGUAAAGAUGUCUCACACAGCUACCAGUGCCUUCUGUCGUUCAAUCAAACUGCAGUGUGAGCUCUACCCAUCUCGAGAAGUGGCCAUCUGUUUAGACCCAUACUGUGGACUGGGGUUCGUUCUGUGGUGCCUCUGCAGUGUUUAUUCAGGGCACCAGUCAAUUUUAAUUCCACCAUCUGAACUUGAGACAAACCCAGCGUUGUGGCUUCUUGCAGUUAGUCAGUACAAAGUUCGUGACACCUUCUGUUCCUACUCUGUGAUGGAGCUCUGCACUAAAGGCCUUGGUUUGCAGACAGAAUCACUCAAGUCAAGAGGAUUAGACCUGUCGCGUGUGCGGACAUGUGUUGUUGUAGCUGAAGAGAGGCCAAGAAUAGCUCUAACCCAGUCAUUCUCCAAGCUCUUCAAAGAUUUGGGACUGCACCCUCGAGCUGUUAGCACAUCUUUCGGUUGCCGAGUCAACUUGGCUGUUUGUUUGCAGCCUCACAGGCUGGGGAAGCUAGCCGAGCAGGGGACUUCAGGACCUGAUCCAACUACUGUGUAUGUUGAUAUGAGGGCUCUGAGACAUGAUAGGGUUCGAUUAGUAGAAAGGGGCUCACCUCACAGUUUGCCUCUCAUGGAGUCUGGAAAAAUAUUGCCAGGUGUUCGAAUUAUCAUUGCCAACCCUGAAACAAAGGGACCCUUAGGAGAUUCACACCUUGGGGAGAUUUGGGUUCAUAGUGGUCAUAAUGCCAGUGGAUACUUCACCAUUUAUGGAGAUGAGUCUCUACAAUCUGACCACUUCAAUUCCCGCUUGAGUUUUGGAGACACGCAGACAAUCUGGGCUCGAACUGGAUACCUCGGUUUCCUGAGAAGAACAGAACUUACGGAUGCAAGUGGAGAAAGACAUGAUGCCCUUUAUGUUGUUGGUGCACUAGAUGAAGCAAUGGAGCUUAGAGGCAUGAGAUACCAUCCUAUUGACAUCGAGACUUCAGUAAUAAGGACACACAAGAGCAUCACUGAAUGUGCGGUGUUCACCUGGACCAACCUUCUAGUUGUGGUGGUGGAGCUGGAUGGAUCAGAGCAGGAGGCCUUGGACCUUGUUCCUUUGGUCACUAAUGUCGUUCUGGAAGAACAUUACUUGAUCGUUGGUGUAGUGGUAGUUGUGGACAUUGGAGUGAUCCCUAUAAACUCUCGUGGAGAGAAGCAGCGUAUGCACCUCCGGGAUGGAUUCUUGGCAGACCAGCUAGAUCCCAUAUAUGUGGCCUACAACAUGUAGCCUCUCGCAUUUAGGCUUGCAUUGACUAUUCUCUCUGUACAUAAUGCAAAACAAUUGUGGUUUUUACUUCAAUUGUGCAGAAAAAAAGGAAGGAUGAUACAGAAACAAUUCUGCUAGAACAAAAUUUAAAGAAGCACUCUGGAUUGACAAGAACAAUGUGAAGUUAUUCAUUUUUUUAUGCCACUAAAUUUUAACACAAAGACACUGAACCCUUCACAGAAUUCAUCUAGGGAAGGAACCCCACUGUAGAGUGUAUUUGUUGCCUAUUUGGAUAUUACUGCUUUUUAAGUACGUGUGGCUUUCUAUUUUUAUGUUACGUAUGCUGAAGUUGCUCAUUAUGUUACCAGUUCUCUAAAACAGAGAGGUUUUUAAAAGAUUUACAUUCUGUUAUGGAAAGGAAACAUUUUAAGUUGUUUACUAUUUUUAAAAUGUAAAAUGUUGCAUAUAGAGACCUAUUACUGAUACGGGACAUAUGCUUUGUCCUGUCAUAAUAUGAAGAGGUACGAGGUGUUUUUGCUUCUGCAAAAUUCUUUUUCCAGCCCAGUUCUUCAUUCACAGGUUGGCACAUCAGGAAUCCCUGAAAGCCGCCGUCCAUUUUUUCCCCUCCCAGUGUCGAAACAGUGAAAUGUUUAUCUCUCAGUCUUCACGUGUUUUAUAUAGUUGUACUAGAAAACACUACGUUACUUCAUAUCAUGUAAGUAUGUAAAAAAAGAACUUUUAAUUUAUUUUGUUCUCUUUAGAAAUAUAUAAGAGUACACAUUCAAAAAUGAUUUACUCUUGAAAUAUUUGCUAAUAUAAAACAAAGUGUUGUAUUAUCUUGAGUGAAUAGUAUCACAUCAAGUAUAUAAAAAUAUAUAUAAAUAUAUAUUUAAAAAAAAUAUCAAAGAAACUCCUAGGAUUCACCAAUGAAAACCAUUUGAAAUGCAGUACUUCUCACUUGCAUGGUGCCCUUUGUUUGGUUUUUGGUAGAUGAAACGUUUCUUUGGCAGUUGGUCCCCGUCACCCAGAGAUAGAUACCAUCGAGCUGUUUCAUGGUUGUGGAGUGCACUUGUGGCUUGGUGACUCCUGUCAUCAUUCCGAUUUGUGCUGGCAUGCCGGACACCCGUUUGUUGUUUAAAAGGACAAUCUGGCAAGAAGCGAUGUCGUCAUGCGUUGUAAAGUGUUGUAGCCUUGCACGAGGGGGUCAGUAAGAAAGAAAUCACAUUUCACCUCUGGACGUAAUGUCGUGUGAAGAACGUGUAGUUGCAUGCCAGGCACUAAAUUCCAGCACAAAUGAGGCAGCUAUGGAGUGAAGGAGUGACCCCAAGAUGAACGGGAAUUGGCAGCCUUUCUCAUUUGCUAUGCAUUACCUAAACAUGUCUGUCUGCACAUGGCCUUUUAUCUCAUACAUUUCUGUGUGAAGUUUUGAGUUUUCUUUUUUUUAUGUCAUUUUUUUUUUUCUCCAAUUACUUUUGUAAUCUUUUAUUUUUUAAAAAAAAGCUGUGAUUUUUAUCAGAAAUUAUAUCUCGGAUUUAAAAGUCAAAUACUGUUGAAAUCAUAUCUUGCUACUAACAUACCUGAACUACUGAAGUUUGCAUCGGACCACUUAAUAGUGUACUGGAGUCAACUACAGAAAGGAUAACCUGCAGUAAGAAGAGCUCCACGGGCACAAGAUGGGCUCAGCGGGGCACAUCUGCAGUUGGCCACAUGUUUCUCAGCAUCCUAGCAGUCCAAUGAAAUCCUUAAGCCAGGAAAUCAACUUUGGGUAAAGCUGCACAGGGAAAAUGUGUAAACGUGGGAGUUACUCGGACCCUCCUCAGUUAGUAGUCACACAUUCAUGAUUGCCAUGCUGUAUCAUGGGACCACAUUUUAGAUACUUGGAUAAAUGCAUGUACUGUACAAUAACUUCUCUUCCAUCCAGUGGCAUCAGACCACAUUGACAUUCUUGCCCCUCGCCCACUUUUAUUUUUAUUUUUUUUGUAUUGGCACGUGUGCCUUCCCUUUUACAGCUAAACAGAUGUCUUCUUCAUGAGGCAGCAGGCCUUCACAGGUUCUUCUUCUUGUAUGUGUUCCGUUUAAAAAGGCCCCCUAAUUUCAAUUAGUCGAGUUUCUUUUUUUUUUAAGGUCCACAUUGACAUGGUUUUCUGUGGAAGACACAAAUUAUUUAAACUUCUAAAGUUCUUAGCACGUGCCUGUUUCCAAACGUUGUCCUCCAAAUAAACAAAAGCAGUUCCUUAUUGUGUAGAAAUGUGUGAUGUAAUUAAGCAACCGUCUCUUUGGAUUGAAAAAUGAACCCUUGUUUUGUUCGAGUGUCUGCAUGUUGGUUGUAAAUGUUGCUCACUCCCAGAAAAACACCACAUGUGUAUUUCAGACUUCUGUUUUGGACACUUGAGGAGCAGCACGCGUGGCCGGUGGUCUGGCGGGGGGUUUAUGGCACUUGCUGCUUCAGUGCACUUGAUAGGACUUGCUCGUGUGUGUUUAAGCCGUUUUUCGGAGAAGCAGUCAGGAAGGUUGCCUCAUGUCAUGGUUGAGUCCACGUUUUUAAAGCUAUUGGAGAUUCUACAUCAUUACUUUUACUCUUGUCUGUCAUUUUGAGUUUUUAUUUUGACAAUUUUCCAAAUCCAGUCACACAAAUGGAGUUCAUGAAGCAAUGGAGACCGGCCAACACCUUCAAAGGACGUUUCUUCUUUCUGUGCAGCAGGCUCCCAGUAUUCCUCCGUUACUGACCUUAACCCCACUGCAGCCUACCAGUAUGAAAUUUAUUUAUUUAUUUAAUUUUAUUUUUUUUUUUCUUUUUUCUUAAUGUGUGACUGUCCUGUGUGUAUGGUGUUCGAUUCUGUAUCCUUGACAGGUUGUCGUGAUUUACUUUUCUUGUAUUGUUGCAAAACAUGGAAAGAUCAAAUGUUACGAGUCCAGGAGGACUAAGCAAUAAAGGAUUGUCCUGUAUUAGAAUUUGUACUGUAGAUAAAACCAUGCAUCAGAAUGUACAAAAACUACAACUGGUAAUUGUGUUGUGACCUCGUGCUGUUUAAAGUUGGGAAACAAAUUACAAUCAGACUUGAUGCACGUGUACGAGAAGAAAGCGAGUACACGACCAUUCUAGAAAUACACAACAACUCGAAAUGAAACAGAGUCCUCAUGGUGCUUGAUUAUUAUAUAUAAUCCUGCUUGACACUUUACCCAAGGGGAAGUUUUUAUCCCUUUUAUCAGUUGAAUGUUAGCAGCGUUAUUUCAUUGAGUCUGUGGAUUGGUUGACGAACUUUCAUAGACUUAACCAAUUGCAAUUGAGAUUUUUUUCUGCGCAACAGGAUAGCAACCUUUCUUGUAUGUUAAACCACCAGUACGCUUUGUACAUCUGUGAUAACGCCUGUUUUAUAUUCAAAUGAACAAAAUAAAAGCUUUUAUUUUUGUUGCUCUGAGAAA